AUGUCUCGCUCCGUCCCCGUCGCAAACGCUCUCGCUGACAUCUACCCUCCGGCCUCUCUCGCGACCGAAGCACCACGAUGGAAUCACCUCCUCACCAAGUUUGAGUCCGUAUAUGGACAUCCAGCUACUUUUGUUGCUCGCUCACCUGGCCGAGUCAACAUUAUCGGCGAGCACAUUGACUACUCCCUCUACUCGGUGCUCCCCAUGGCCAUCACCGCCGACGCCCUCCUGGCCGUGUCUCACACCCCCGUCGCCGACGACGCCAAGACAUUCCGCAUCCGCAUCGCUAAUGUGGAGGACAAGUUUGAGGCCAGGGACUUUGAGAUUCCUAUCGACGGAGACGUGACGAUCGAUGCGACAAAACUGGAGUGGACGAAUUACUUCAAGAGUGGGCUUCGAGGUGUGCUUGGUUUGUUGAGGAAGAAGCAUGGAGCUGGAUUCAGACCUUGCAAUAUGGAGCUCCUCAUGGACGGGACAGUUCCCGUCGGUGGAGGAUUGAGCUCGAGUGCUGCUGUGGUGAGCACCAGUUCGUUGGCUAUCUUGCUGGCCAACGGCGAGAAGGAGGUGGACAAGAAGGAAUUGACAGAGCUCGCCAUCGUCAACGAGCGUGCCGUAGGAGUCAACUCAGGAGGCAUGGAUCAGGCCGCCUCUGUUUUCUCUGAGAAAGGCGCAGCCCUCUUUGUCUCGUUCAGCCCAAGCCUCGAGGCUCGACCUGUCAAGUUUCCCCCUACACACCCAGAGCUCUGCUUUGUUAUCGUGCAGUCCUUUGUCACAUCCAACAAGCAGGUUACAGGUCCGAUUCACUACAACCUGCGUGUAGUCGAGUGCAGCAUGGCUGCGGCUUAUCUUAAUGCUGUCCUUAACCCUCCGGGCACUCAGCUACCAGAGGACGCGGGUCCCUUGGGUAUUAGUCUGCAGGGUUUCCAUGAGACCUUCUUCUACCAUCUUAACGGCUCAGACUACGCAGCUGCCAAGAGUGUUACUAAGGAGGAGGAGCUUAAGAAGUUGAUCGAGGUGACAAAGAACACUCUGACACAGGAGGAGGGUUAUACGCGAGAGGAGGUGGCCAAGGUGCUCAACAUCACGGUCGAAGAGCUUGAAGCCCGCUUCAUGUCCCGCCUCCCAGUCCGGGCUGAACGCUUCAAGCUCCGUCAGCGUGCCCUGCACGUCUUCACAGAGGCCCUCCGUGUCCUCCACUUCAUGGCUCUCCUCGAGAACCCCGUCCACACGGGCGCAACCGACACAACACCCUUCAACAAGGAACUCGGCCACCUCCUCAACGAAACGCAUGUGUCUUGCCGUGACCUAUUCCAGUGCAGCUGCCCCGAGCUUGACGAGAUCUGCAACAUCUCGCUGCGGUCCGGAGCUUACGGUGCACGGGUUACCGGCGCGGGAUGGGGAGGUUGCAGCGUGCACCUCGUUCCGGCGGACAAGGUCGAGGCUGUUACAGAAGCGUUGGAGAAGGAGUACUUUUCCAAGCGGGAACUUACAGAGGAGCAGAGGAAGGGGGCCGUUGUCGUGAGCCGGCCCGCGACGGGAAGUGCAAUUUACUAUAUUCAGGACGGUGUAAAGCCAUAA